AUGCCCGAGCGGCAGUACCACGCCAAUGGCCGCGCUGCCGUGGCCUCCCGCGAACGACCCUAUACACCAGGAACGCCCUCACGAAAAGACAAGAUACGAGAAAGCUCUGCCCUUCAAGAUCCAGGGCUCAAGGACUACGUGCGUAUAUCCAACUACCGAUAUCACCGGCGCUCGAUCCCGAUCCCUGGAAAGUCGGAUAUCAUGAUAAGCGAGAGUGAAUGCCUCGGGAAAGGCGCUUUCGGAUCUGUGUACAAGGCUUUCAACUGGGGAAAUGGCGAGGCGGUUGCUGUGAAGCAGAUCAAGCUCGCAGAUCUUCCCAAAAGCGAAUUGCGCAUGAUCGAGAGUGAAAUCGAUCUGCUCAAGAACCUUCAUCAUGACAACAUUGUCAAGUACAUUGGCUUUGUGAAGUCCGUUGACGCCCUCAACAUUAUCUUAGAAUACUGUGAGAAUGGCUCUCUGCACUCAAUAUGCAAGGCCUAUGGCAAGUUCCCCGAGAAUCUGGUUGGGGUCUACAUGACGCAAGUCCUGCAGGGACUACAAUACCUGCACGACCAGGGUGUAAUACAUAGAGAUAUCAAAGGCGCCAACAUUCUCACCACAAAGGAUGGCACCGUCAAACUCGCAGACUUCGGCGUUUCAACCAGCACCCUCGCUGGUGGUCAGGAUAAGGAGGCACAGGUUGUCGGCACACCAUAUUGGAUGGCCCCUGAGAUCAUUCAGCUUUCCGGAGCGAGUUCUGCAUCCGAUAUCUGGAGUGUUGGGUGCACGGUUAUUGAGCUUCUUCAAGGCAAGCCGCCAUAUCACAACUUGGCUGCUAUGCCUGCUCUAUUCGCAAUUGUCAACGACGAUCACCCCCCGCUGCCUGAAGGCAUUUCUGCUGCCGCCCGUGAUUUUCUCAUGCAAUGCUUCCAAAAAGACCCCAAUCUACGUGUGACUGCCCGAAAACUACUUCGUCAUGCCUGGAUCACAGGCUGUCGCCGAACUGAAGCACCCGUAUCAAAAACACCAGCCAAUUUCAGCGAUGCCGUGGAGGAAGUGAAACAAUGGAACAAAGCUCUAAAAUCAUCCGGACCAAGGCUUCGACAAUCGACUGGCUCUGAUGCCGGGCCUUCGUCAAGAUUUCUUGGUGGAACUCCCGCCAAGGGAGGACUAUCACUUGCAAAACUACGUCCAGGCGCAGGAGCUUUCAGUAAGCCUGAACUAGCUGGUGCGUUAAAGUCUCGGUAUCUGAGUAUUUUGCCUAACCCUGACCGUAUCACAGAUGAUGACAACUGGGACGAUGAUUUUGCGACAGCUAUUUCACCAAGCGCACUACAACUGCCUCAUCUCAAGCCACAAGACAACUUCGGUGGUCUGCUAUCGAGUGAUCGUCUCAAAGCCUUUGCCUCAGUGAAUGAUGGAAGAAAUGACAGUAAUUCGUACGAUGACGACUUUGAGGGCGAGUUAAUGACGAUAAAGGGGCCGGGCCACUGGCAAGACAUUGAUCCACAGGAGCAGACUAUUAGACCGUUGCCGAAGAAGCCCACGAAAUCUUCAGAGCCCGCGAAAACGCACAGUCGAAAUAAGUCAAGCUCGAGUAAGGUCGCUGGCGCUGGCCGGACCAGAUCGCCGACAAAAUCAAGUCUAAAUACGAAGUUCGAGCUUCCUCCAAGGCCUGAUAUCAUCUAUCGGGAACAAAGUAUGGAAGACUUCUCAGAUUUAUUCGUGGAUAACGAUAAUGUCUUCACCCACAAUGCGAAUCAAGCUGUUAGACGAAACUCACGACAGACUGAUGCACCACAACUCUUUCACCCAUCUGAUCUUACAUCACUACCAAGGUCAAUGCAGGAAUCUAGCUCAGGUAGUAUGAAGAAGAAGCCUUUGUCUCGACCAUCAGUUCUCCCUGACAGACCAAUGCGACGAACACGAUCAUCGAUAGAAAUCCAGAAGUUCGCAGAAGAUGACGACGAAGAUUUUAGCGACGUUUUCGGACCUGAAUCAUCAAUAGCGGAGAAGGAGGAGAGUGAAAAGGGGUCCGAGGAUGGCGGUUUGAUGCUCAUGUCUCGCGUAUCGAGCAAUUCCUGGUUGGGCGACGACGAAGAUGAAGACGAUCCCUUCGCAUCGAUGGACCCAGGAUGGGAUGAGAUGGAUCUUGAGGCCAACAUUGCCAGAGACCGACAUGCCAGGUUAGCCGAGAGAGUAGAGGACUUGGUAAGAUCUCUUAAAACGACUGAGGGUGAGGAUGCCCUGGCUGAGUUCUCGGAAGAUUUGCUUGCCUUGCUCUGGGAGAACAACGAGGUGAAGAAUCUAAUCAUCAGCGCUCACGGGUUGUUACCGAUUCUUGAAAUUUUGGAGCCUUGUACAGUCAAAAGCAGGCAGUACAUGAUCCUGCAGCUCCUUAAAGUCGUCAAUGCAAUCAUCCUGGACGACGUGGAAAUUCAAGAAAACUUGUGUUUUGUUGGUGGCAUUCCCAUUAUUACCAAGUUUGCUGCACGCCAGUAUUCAGAUGAGAUUCGUCUUGAGGCGGCUGCUUUUGUCCGUCAAAUGUAUCAAACGUCGACAUUGACCCUCCAGAUGUUUGUAUCCGCAGGUGGUCUGAACGUGCUGGUCGAGUUUCUUGAUGAGGAUUACGACGUUACUCGAGACCUUGUUCUUAUUGGGGUCAACGGUAUCUGGAACGUAUUUGAGCUUCAAGGGCCAACCCCCAAGAACGAUUUUUGCAGAAUCUUCUCACGAAGCAAGAUUUUAUAUCCACUGGCGCUUGUGUUGCACCGAGUCUUAGACGAAGAGGGUGAGGACGAGCUUGGUGAACUCGUCGAAGGACGAAUCGUCAACAUUUUCUAUCUCUUCAGCCAAGCAGAGAACUACGUCAAGGAGGUCGUAGCAGAUCGGCAAGUUCUGAAGAGUGUACUAAAGGAUCUGCGGCGCAUGACGCCGAUACAUCAGAUCACAAUGCUCAAGUUCAUCAAGAACCUCUCGAUGCUUUCCACAACGAUUGAGUCGCUGCACUCAGCCGAUGCUAUCGAAUUCUUGAUUGAUCUUCUGAGCUACAGCAUGAAGAAGGGUCAGACACAUUUCCGCGAGAUAUCUAAUCAGGUUCUCAACACAUUAUUUAACCUCUGUCGCCUGAGCAAGGAACGACAGGAGGAUGCUGCUGUCGGUGGUAUUAUUCCUCUGCUCCUACGAAUCAUGCAGACCGACCGGCCUCCGAAGGAAUUCGCGCUACCAAUACUCUGCGACAUGGCACACUCAGGGUCCAAGGGCCGCAGAUACUUGUGGCAGAACAAAGGUCUCAACUUUUACGUAUCACUACUCACAGACCAGUACUGGCAGGUUACUGCGCUCGAUGCCAUCUUGGUCUGGCUACAGGAGGAAACAGCUAAUGUAGAGACUCACCUUGCUGAUGGUAAUUUCACACGAGCGAUUAUUAGCUGCUUCAGCACCAACAGGGUGAACGCCUUUGAUUCCAACUUACUGGAACCACUGCUCAAACUGCUACGCCUUAGCCCGUCAGUCGCGGCCUCGCUGGCGAAGCCCGAGAUGUUUGCGGGGAUUGCGCAGCGUUUGACUCACAAGAAGGCCGUUGUGCGACUUAACCUCCUGAGACUGGUGAGGACUAUCAUGGAUGCCUGUGAGCCUGGCUUGGGCAGUGGCGAUGGAACGAGAUCCCUCAACAGCUCCCAAGUGCGAUCUCUCAUGGCUGCCAUUCAAACUCUAUCAGAGAAGGACUCGGCUGUCCUCGUACGAAACCUCGCUUCGGAGUUGGUGCGGUCCAAUAUCGAGCCAAGUGGAAGAUCCGGUGAGGGAGUGUCCAGUGCUGUACCAAGCUCAUCGUCGUCAAGAAGACCAGGAUCCCGACGGGGUGCAAGCUACACGCCCCCUGGCUUACAUUCGUCGGCGUCAGUUCCGCAGACACCUACGCAUAGGAGCCGAGGUAGUCUAGCGAGUAAUACUUAUAUCGAAGUAGCAGCGAGCCCUCGGCGAACAGCUGCUGUCGAACGAGAACGAGAGGGAGCACUAUACAGGCCCCGAAGUAGGGAUGGGCCAACAGGUAUCCCCCGGCGUGUCAGCGGCGAAUUUGUAUCCGCAAAGAGUCGCCUCCCUCGUACUUCGCUAGCUACGUCGGGUAGCUCCAGGGCAGCUAUUGGGAUCAGUGCCAACGGCAACAGUCCAGCCCUAAGCUCCCGCAACGAUAUUACCAUGAGCGCGCGAAGCGACAGCAGCUUGAGCAAUAAGGAGAAUGUGGGCCGCGCGCCGAGCAGUCGCGAUGGGCUCAGAAGCAGAGAUGGGUUGAGCAGUAGGGAUGGACUCAGUAGUAGAGACGGGCUCGGCAGUAGAGAUGGCAGCAUGGCAUCUCCGGGGUUGCCAGAGGUAGCAGAACGAGUGGGCAUAAGUAAGAGACGGAGUCGAAUGCCUGGAGAGCCCAAAUGGACAUGA